CCAGAAGCCGACAGGAAGUGAAAGGGUAAAAAAGAGGGAGAGAAUGGCACAAAUGAUCGACAGUCUUCUAUCUAGGCUAAUUGUCUGCCUACAUUCUGAUGACUCUGCUGUUUCGGCGUCUCAAAUGGGAUCUAUGCCAGUCAGGGGGAAAAAAAAAAUCGUGUGGUGAUUUAUGAAAAGCCACAAUCAAUAUGUGAUAUUAAUUUUCAAAAUGAAUGUCAGAAUGAUGUAGUCCCGGGGUCAUUGAACGUUUCACGUUGUAAUGCGCUUCAUGGCUCCAGAUCAGAAGCCUUUAUUAUUCUUCCAGUCCCAGCGGUGGAUGGAGGAAAUCGGUGAACGGCCAUAAGAGCAGUUUUUAUGCAAGAUGAGCCUCGACAAACUCUACCAACAAAUUCUACUUACUGAACAACAACUGGCCGAACAGACACAUAAAUUAAAAGAAGUAAAAGUGGAAAUCAUCAAAUGCAACAAAAAUAUCACAGACACAACAGACAAGUAUGAAAAGACCAAGGCAGAACUUCAUAACAAGGUUGAACAUUUGGCUGUGAAGAGGAUGCACCAUGAUCUAAAGAAGAAACAGGAAGACCAGUUGUUGAAGCAAGUUGAGGAGUUGCUUUGCCAGAAGAAUCAUCUUGGCAACCAACUGGUCAAGAUAAAAACAGAGUCAAAAGAAGAAGAGAAAAGUUUCUUUCAAGAGAUUUCAAGGUUUAACAGUGACUUCAGCCUACAGCAAAACAGAGAAACGGACAUCGAAAGACAAACACGCUCAGAGAUGCUGGAGCUAGAGCAAGAGGAAGAAUCAUUAAACAAAGAAAUGGAGCUAAUGAGAUGCGGCAGCAGCCGCAUGAGUCUGUUGCUAGAAGAGAAGAGAGUACUUCAGCUUGAACUGCAGGCCCUGGAGAACAGACAGAAGGAUCUGGAUCGGCAGCUGAGUAUGUCUGAGUCAAUGACACAAUCUCUAACAGCGGAGAAUCUGUUUGUGAGUCAGAAACCUCUGACUGACACCACCUGCCUCAGAUUGAGGAGUGAGCUGGAGGUGUAUAAAAAUGGAGAUUUAGAGAUCCUGCAAGACGCAUUGAGCUCAGAAAUACAACUAAUGCAGUCGGUGAGCGUUCUAUAUGUGAAGCUGGACCAAAGAAACGUCCACAGUCCUGUCGAUCAAACCUUUAGCAGCGUGGAUCGUUAGCACAUCCUGUUUAGCCCACACACAGAGAUUUGCAGUCUAUGCUUUGUCUUUCAACGACUCCACGCGUCAAAUAUAUGCGAGUUGUCUCCAGGGAGCGUCAGCCUUGAACGAACUCUAAUCUGUUUUGAGAUCAGACCUUUAUGUUCUUUAUAAGAACUUAUACAACGUUCCCGAGAAAUGAGAGGAAAUAGUUCAGAUUGGUAGUAAAUGUGCUUUGUGGAAUUGUCGUAUUUUAUCUUUAUUAUGAAAUAUAAAAUAUACUAUAUUCUCCAUUGAUAUAGUGAGGAAUACGAUAAACAAUUUCGCUUCUAUAAAAUACAUUUUUCGCAUUGUAACAACACAGAUAAUAUACAUUAGUAAGUCAAUUCUGUGAUUCAGCAUUCUUCCAGGAUAAAUUAUAUCCUUGAAAAACAUUCAUAAGAUUGAAAUUUUAACACUCAUGCUCGUAAUGUUUAUUGUGGGCUUUCAUUCACUAUGUCUUUUACUUAUUGCAGAAGCUGGACAGCAGCCUGGAACGGAAACAAAUUUAAAUUUGAAGUCAUAAACCACACCAUGUUGUUUGUUCGGUGUUUUAUAAAAAAAGAGGGUUGUUGAGAAGAAUUUUAAUAAUAACAAUUCUAAUGACAGACACAUUUGUUUUGGUUACGUGAGUUUUCAAAAUGGUUUAUCUGUCUUUUAAGAACACAAAUUCAAUGUUCCAUAAAUGUGUUCAUCAAUUAUUUAUAUUUUUUAUUUUAUCAGGGUUACAUAAAAACCACAGUUUACAUAAUGUAUAUUUGCAUGUGUUUUUGUUGAUGGUGAAAUAUAAUUGGUCGGUCGCUAAACUAAAAUUACUUUUUCAAAAUGAGUGUACACUGCCCCUGCGUGGACAAAGCGUAACAUUGCAGCUAUUGUGGUUAAGCAAAAUGAAUGAAAAAGCACACGUUCACACAAAAAAUAUAAAAAUAUAUAAAAAAUAUAUUAAAAAUAUAUUAAAAUGUUUCCUACAUAUAGGUACUGCAUAAAAGCUGCUCAAUAGUUGAUACAUGUUCAUAAAAUGCAUAAAUCACAUCUCUAUCCUAACUCUAUAAUAUACUUUUAAUAUUUAUAACGUUUUGUGAUAUAGCCUACUAGAAAAUAUACGGUACAAAACUCCAGGAAACCGCUCAAUCACAUUCUCAAGAUAUGUUUUUAUAUAUUUUUAUUUUUAACUUAACGACGGAACUUCCUUUAUGUUUUUCGGUAAAGACAAUCUUUUCACUUACUACGAUUUUUAUUAUGA